UCAGAGCCCCUCCGUCGUGGCUCCAGCAGCAGCAGCAGCAGCAGCCGGAGCCUGCUCUCCUCCUCCUCCUCCUCCUUCGUCGUCUCUGCAUCGUCUUCUCCUGCGAAGGAGCCCCGGCUUCAUCAGAGGGAACAACUUUCCCUUCCUUUGCCUUCCCGGGAGGAGAGGAGCAUCAUGGCUCUUGGGGGGCAGCCCCCUCCCCAGCAGAGAGGGAGAAGCAGCCAUCUCUGAAGAAGAUUGAAACCACACACUUGAACAAGCUUGAUGAGAAGACUGAAAUCAAGACUGCAGUUGCUAAGAUCUGAUCUCUCAGUAUCACUUUCUCAUCUCUUCCCUCAGCAACAAUGAGUUCCACAGCACAACCAGAUGGAGUUUCAGGACGUGACCAGCUCUUGGCUCAGCAAAGAAUGCACAGUAUGAUCAGCUCAGUGGAUGUGAAGUCAGAAGCUCCUGUGGGAUUAGAACCUAUCACACCAUUGGAUUUGCGAACAGAUCUCAGGAUGAUGGUUCCCAUGGUGGAUCCACUGUUGCGUGAGAAGCAACUACAGCAGGAGCUCCUCUUGAUUCAGCAGCAGCAGCAAAUUCAGAAACAGCUCCUGAUAGCAGAAUUUCAGAAACAGCAUGAGAACCUCACACGACAGCACCAAGCUCAAAUCCAGGAACACAUAAAGUUACAACAGGAACUCUUAGCCAUUAAGCAACAACAAGAACUUCUUGAGAAAGAACAGAAACUGGAACAACAGCGGCAAGAACAGGAAUUGGAGAGACAUCGGCGAGAGCAGCUUCCUCCAAUCAGAAACAAAGAAAGAAGUCGAGAAAGGGCAGUGGCCAGCACAGAAGUGAAACAGAAACUUCAAGAGUUCCUCCUGAGUAAAUCAGCAACAAAAGACUCUACAGCCAAUGGGAAGAAUCAUUCCGUUAGUCGACAUCCCAAGCUCUGGUACACGGCUGCUCAUCAUACUUCACUGGAUCAAAGUUCUCCACCCCUCAGUGGAACAUCUCCUUCUUACAAAUACCCAUUACCAGGAGCACAAGAUGGCAAGGAUGACUUCCCACUCCGCAAAACUGCCUCAGAGCCUAAUUUGAAAGUUCGCUCCAGGUUAAAACAAAAGGUAACAGAAAGGAGAAGCAGUCCUUUACUCAGAAGGAAGGAUGGGAUGGUUGUCUGCUCAUUCAAGAAAAGACUAUUUGAGGUGACAGAAUCAUCAGUCAGUAGCAGCUCCCCAGGAUCAGGUCCCAGUUCACCAAAUAAUGGUCCUACUGGAAAUACAGAGAAGGAAGCCUCAGUGUUGCCAUCUAAUUCCCAAGUUGAGGCAUCAUCACCAUUCAGAGAAAAACAGAAAUGUGAGACCCAGGCAGUCAGGCAAGGAGUGAUCUUGCCUGGACAGUACAGAGGCAGCAUGUCUUCACCUUCAGCCCCUCAGCCUGUCGUCCUGGAGGGAAAGCCAAAUAGCAGUCAUCAGGCUCUUCUCCAGCAUUUGUUAUUGAAGGAACAAAUGAGGCAGCAAAAGCUUCUGACUACAGGUGCAGUCCCUCUUCAUCCUCAGUCACCACUAGCAACAAAAGAAAGAGUCUCACCCAGUCUAAGAGUUCCACAUAAAUUGCCUCGACAUCGCCCAUUAAACCGAACCCAGUCAGCUCCACUACCACAGAGUACCUUGGCUCAACUAGUCAUUCAGCAACAGCAUCAACAGUUUCUGGAGAAGCAGAAACAGUAUCAACAGCAGAUCCACAUGAACAAAAUGCUUUCUAAAUCGAUUGAACAGUUAAAACAACCAGGCAGCUUAGAAGAAGCUGAAGAAGAACUUCAUGGAGAACAUUUUAUGGUGGAAGAAAGAGCUCUGUCUGUUGGUAGCAGCACAAAGGAUGACAGCACAAGUACCCCUUUGGAUGACAGACUGGGACAGCCUUUGGUGGCUGUGAAGGUGAAAGAGGAACCACGGGACAGUGAUGAUGAUGAUAUACAAACUCAACAAAUGGAAUCUGGGGAGAAAACAGCUUUUAUGCAACAGCAGAUCCUGGAGCACCAGCGUAUCCAGCAGUUGCAAAUGUACCGGGCUCAGAUGGCUGCAGUUGGCAUGACACAAUUAGACAAACGCCAGCGCAUUACCAGGACACAGUCUUCCCCAGCUACUUCUGCAUUACCUCAUCCAGCAGCAGAUCAGCCCAUACAACAUACCCUCAUGACUGGUGUUGUGUAUGACGCCCUUAUGUUGAAACAUCAGUGUAUGUGUGGCAGUUACAGCAACCACCCAGAGCAUGCAGGAAGAAUACAGAGCAUCUGGUCACGGCUGCAAGAAAGUGGGUUGCUAAACAAGUGUGAGCGGAUCCGAGGUCGAAAAGCCAGUCUGGAAGAAAUACAGCUGGUUCAUUCUGAACAUCAUUCACUGCUGUAUGGCACCAGCCCCCUGAACAGACAGAAGCUGGACCCCAGGAAAAUCCUAGGAAGAGUGCCUCAAAAGCUUUUUUCAUUGUUGCCCUGUGGAGGUCUUGGGGUGGACAGUGACACCAUUUGGAAUGAGCUGCAUUCGUCCGGUGCUGCACGCAUGGCUGUUGGCUGUGUCAUCGAACUGGCUUCCAAAGUGGCCUCAGGAGAACUGAAGAAUGGUUUUGCUGUUGUAAGGCCCCCAGGCCAUCAUGCUGAAGAAUCAACAGCCAUGGGGUUCUGCUUUUUUAAUUCGGUUGCAAUUACUGCCAAAUACUUGAGAGACAAGCUAAAUAUAGGCAAGAUAUUGAUUGUAGAUCUGGAUGUUCACCAUGGCAACGGUACACAGCAGGCUUUUUAUGCUGACCCCAGCAUCCUGUACGUCUCCCUCCAUCGCUAUGAUGAAGGCAACUUCUUCCCUGGCAGUGGAGCCCCAAAUGAGGUUGGAAGUGGCCCUGGCGAAGGUUAUAAUAUAAAUAUUGCUUGGACAGGUGGCCUGGAUCCCCCCAUGGGAGAUGUAGAGUACCUCACAGCAUACAGGACUGUGAUCAUGCCGAUUGCCUCUGAGUUUGAGCCAGACUUUGUCUUGGUAUCUGCUGGCUUUGAUGCUGUGGAAGGCCAUGACCCACCUCUGGGCGGGUAUAAAGUGACCGCCAAAUGUUUUGGCCACCUCAUCAAACAGUUGUUGACGCUAGCGGGUGGUCGCUUGGUGCUGGCCCUGGAAGGAGGACAUGACCUUACUGCCAUCUGUGAUGCAUCAGAAGCCUGCCUCAGUGCUCUGCUAGGAAAUGAGCUGGAGCCACUCUCUGAAGAUAUCCUCCAUGGAGCCCCCAAUGCAAACGCGAUGGUUUCUUUGCAAAACAUCACACAAAUUCACAGCAAGUACUGGAAGUCUGUGGAGCCUUAUGUUGUGCCAGUUAGCUGUAAGCUGGCGGACAGUCAGAAACAAGAGAGAGAAGAGACAGAGGCAGUCUCAGCUAUGGCCUUACUCUCAGUGGAUGUUGAACAGUCUUUUCCAGAGGAACACAGCAGAGCUGCUGGCGAGCCCAUGGAAGAAGAGCCAGCCUUGUGAAGUGCCAAGUUCUCCAUGAUAUUUCCUGUGUGUGACAUCAUUGUGUACCUCCACCUACCCCCUCCCCAUCUCGAAAAAAAGCACCCUUAGACAUGUCUUGUCUGCUGCCUGGGUGGCAGAGAUCAGAUGGAACGUAAACACACCGGGCACACAAUUCUGAACAGCAGCUUCACUUGUUCGUUGGAUGGACUUAAAAGGCCUCCUUUGGUGUAACCGCUGCAAUUCUAAAGUUACAGCAAACCAGAUCUUGCAGAGAGAAAGAGCAAACCUAGAAGCCUGCUUUUUAUAUGCUGUGUGAUGCACUCACCAACUUCAGUGGUAGAAUAGAAGCAUUUGAGUAAUUCCGCGUUCUUGACUAUGGUUGUCUAUGAAAAUUUGAAACAGCUUCCAAAACCACUAUAUGAGGGUUGGGGGCAUAUCAUCACAAGUCCCACCACUUCUGAAUUUUGGAACACAUUUUAUUUACUCUUUCUCUCCUCUUUCUUUCACACUGUUAAAAAUAGUUCAAAAGCUUGAUUCAGUGUUCAUAGCAUAAUGAAAUUAUGGGUCCUUUCUCCGUGGUGCCAUUUGAAAGAUGUGGUAGCAAUUUCAGAUUGGGGAAAUGUGUGUGAGAGAGUGCGUUUUAAAGGAGGUCAGGAAAAUUCAGUCAAAAGAAAGCUUUCCUCCAUUGCAUUUCAGCUGUUUUAAAAAGAAUUGUGCAAAAUGGCUCACUAGCUAGGCAUUCUUAUGUAUUUUACUCAGAAUUCAGCCCUGGGACUUACUGCCUCAUAAAGGGAUAUAGAAUUCCAAUCUCGUUGAUCGUUUUAUGGGUUGGUUCUUCAUAAUGCCCUUUUGAAUGUGGCAUUUUCUCCUUGCUCCUAAGAAGGGGCAAAUGAUGCCCUGUCCUUGCCAUAAUACUGCAUAAUUCUCCCUAGCCAUUCUGUUAUUACAAUUUCCAUCUGCUCUUUAAGAAUCAGUCACUUUCCCGUACCUAAUUUCACCUACUUUACUGCCACUUCUGAGGGAGCAUAGUGAAAUCCACAAAAACUCAUGUUCAAGUAAGUCUUAAAGGUGCUGCUAGAUUCUUUUUACUCACUCCUAUUUUUUUAAAAAAAGACUAAUUCAACCUUGCUUCAGACUUUUUCUAUUCCCCACCUCUAAGCGAGAAAAGCACCAGAGAUAUGUUCAGAUAUCAUUUUUUAUUUAUUUUACAGUGGUUCCUUGGU